AUGCUGACCCUCGACCCAAACUCCGACAACCUCCCCAAACGCUCGGAGCUGCCGUCCAUCCCUGGCGCUCCGGCCGGUGCGCUCUGGUUCUGGGGCAAAGACGAUGAGCUCGGCCGGCUGAAUAUGCUGACGCCACGGCGCACUGCGGCAGCUGCAGACCUCAUCAAGACGGGAGAGGUUGUGAGCUUGAACUGGCCGAUGACCCUCCCCAGUCCGACGCUGUUUGGCCGAGAACCAUUCCACCACGAGAUCAAGGGCAAACUGGGUUUCGCCAACGACGAUGUCAUGCAUUUCAACACACAGACAUCCUCACAGUGGGACGGACUGCGUCAUCUGCGUGCGAGGACACCAUCGCUUAGACCAUGUCAGACAACCCAGCAUGAUAUCGAAACCAGCCCUCGACUUGGACUGCAAACCUGGGCCGACAAGGGUAUUGUCGGUCGCGGCGUCCUCAUCGACUACUUCGAAUUCACCGGCCGCAGCUACGAUCCACACCAAUCGCAUCCCAUCUCCGUACAAUCCAUCCGCGCCUGCGCGGGAGCUCAGGGCGUCGAGUUCCGCUACGGCGACAUCCUGAUCCUCCGCACCGGCUUCAUCUGGAAAUACAAUAGCCUCGACAGCCGGGGACGCGACGAGCUGGCCAAGAUCCCCGGACACGAGCUGGGCACCCCGGGCGUCGAGCAGACGGAGGAAAUGCUCGACUUCCUGCACGACAACUACUUCAGCAUCGUGGCGGGGGACAACCCCGGUUUCGAGGCGUUGCCGCAGCCCUCGUCGCUCAAUCUCCAUCUGAUCCUGAUCCCGCUGUGGGGUCUCGGGCUCGGGGAGCUGUUUGACCUGGAAAAGCUGUCCGAGACGUGCAAGAGGUUGGGGCGGUACGAGUUUUUCUUCACGAGUUCGCCGCCAAACGUGCCAGGUGGAGUAGGAUCCUAUCCGCAUGCUCUGGCGAUCUUUUAG